AUGAAGAUUUCCGUACCAACUCAUUUACUAAACGAACCCAAAAAAAGAUUCCAAAUAGUUACAGUAAUUCAAAAAAUGCGAGCGAAGCAAAAGCACAGCGCCUAUCUAUUUUGGAUUUUAAUUAGUUUAUUAUUUAUUCUUGCUCUUGGCAAUUUAAUUUUAACUAUUUCCAUUCUCGGUGUUCUACGUCUUGGACAAGGAAUGGAAAGUUUAGAAUUAGUACCCGCUGAAUCUGUAAUAAAAUUUUUUGGUCUCAUAGAUUUGGAUAAUAUUUAUAAGAGAGAUGGAAAAUUAGAAAGUUUUAACGAUUUUCCAAUGGAAGUAGAAGGAGAUGAAGGAAAUGUUUUUAUAAGUAUUCCAGAAAAUGAAAAAGAAAUAACUUCAACAAUUAAUUUUGAUAAAAAACAAAAAAUAAUUAAAAAUGUAGAUUCGUUUAUCGUGAGAAAUCCAUUGACAGGUAAAACAAUUUUUUCGACUGAUUUUCCAAAUUUUGGUUUACCCAAAGGAGUUGGAAAACUGGAUGUUGAAUUAGUUUUAACUAAAAGAAUCACCAGUGCUCUUGAUAAAAUCCUAGUUAUAAAAUCUGAUUCAUUUGUAAAACUCAAAGGGAGUGAAGGAAUUCAUAUAGAUGGCAAGGAAGUGAUUUUUUCUGCUGACCAGGAUAUUUUUUUAAAAAGUGUUAAUAAAAGUAUAAUACUUGAUGGUCAAAAUGGAGUUAUCAUAGAUGUUAGAAAUCUACCAAUAGCUUCAGAAAAAAACCCUAGAACUUUUACACAGUAUAAAAUUUGUGUUUGUAUGCCGGAAGGAAAAUUAUUUAGACUAGCAAUCCCUCCUGGACAAAGUACUGUAAUAAGUUGUAAUAAUAUUGCAACAUCAUCAUUUGAUAAUCCUUGCACAAAUUAA